AUGGGACUCAACGAUCUUCAUCUAAAGCUCAAGGCGUUUCGGCUAAAACGGUUUCUCAUUGGAAAUGGGGACAGGAAAAGAACGGCUAAUAUGGCAAAGAAGGCUUCAUGGAUGAUGCCAAUAUCUCAUGGAUAUCAUGUCGUGGAGGAUCAGUCAUUUAAAGGUGGUGCAGAUGAGUCAGACUUUGACUCUGUUGUGGUUCAAAGAGAGCAAAUAGAGGAGCUGGAGUUGUGGCUUUUCGGAAUUUCCGAUGCACAAAUUGGACAAGGAGUCACAAAGUAUUUGCAAUCCCACCUGUUUGACAGGUAUCCCAACGAGAUAAGAAGAAAGAGUAAGGAGAUGAUGAGGAAAGCCUAUCUUGCUGCAAGAGCAAAGGUCAGGGAGACACAGAAGUCGGAUGAGACAUGGAAAGCAGGUUCAGCGUCUGUUAUGGUGAUCAAUAGAGAGAAACUUGUGACAGCCAACAUGGGUGACUUUAGAGUUGUAGUGUGCAGAGAUGGGGUGGCUCAUCAGAUGAAAAGCAGGCACCGGCAAACAGCCAAAAGGCAUUGGUCUCGCAGGCUCUUUUCCGGACGAAUGUUAUCAUGGAGAUUCAGCCAUGCAGCAGGCACUAAGCACUCCAAAGGCUCUGAGCUUGUCGUUUGUGCUGAAAGGAUCAACUCUGAUACUGAGUUUGUCAUCAUAGCAAGCACUGGAAUAUGGGAGGCUAUGAAGAAUCAAGAAGCAGUGAAUCUCAUCGGACACUUGGAGGAUCCCCAAGAAGCUGCCGAGUGUCUGGCAAAGGAGGCUUUGACUAGAAUGUGCAAAAGCAACAUUUCAUGCAUUGUUAUUCGCUUUGAUUAA